AUGGCGAUGAUUGCGGGCUUACCCAAAGCACCAUCAAAAUACAAUCCUGUAGUGAAUCCUGAACGCGCAUUAGAACGUCGCAACUGGAUUCUUGGCCGCAUGUUACAACUUGGCUAUCUUAAACAAGCAGAAUACGAAAAAGCUGUCGCUGAGCCGAUUAAUCUGAGUAUGCCUGAUCGCGGCUUAAGUAAUCGAUUUCCCUAUGUAGGUGAAAUGGUUCGCUCAGAAUUGGUUGAAAAGUUUGGUGAACAAGCAAUUGAUUCGGGUUAUAAAGUUUAUACAACGGUCAACAGCAAACGCCAACAAUAUGCAGAAGAUGCAGUACAAAAAGGCUUGGAAGAUUAUGAUCGUCGUCAUGGAUGGCGUGGUGCUGAAGCACAUGAUAAACCUUUAAAAGAAUUCAUUGCUUAUGCCAAUACCUACCCUGCUGAAGUCAUCAAGCCCUAUUACGAUUGGUCGUUGGUCACCAAGAAACUCAGAUGGUCGUUAUUUGGCGUAGGCGUAGAACGUGCGCGCCAAUUAUUGAUGGAUUUUGGCCUACAAGAAGAUCAAAUCCCACGUAACUUCACGAUUGCGCUCGGUACCCCACAAGUACUUCCAGUUCAAAUGGCAACUGGCUAUGCCGCAAUUGCCAAUGGUGGAUAUCGCAUUCAACCGCAUUUCAUCAGCCGUAUUGAAGAUGCUUAUGGCAAAACCAUUUAUGAAGCAGCGCCUGAAUAUGCGUGUAUUCCAUGUAUCAAUCAAAAAGAGACGGUAGUCGAUACCCAAGCCAUCACCCCUGAUGAUGAAGUGAUUGAAGGUGCAAACCUUACAGUGGAUGAGGUUCAAACCCCACUAAGCAAAGAAGAACAAAGUAAAUAUCGUCAAGCACAACGGAUUUUAAAAUCACAAUCGGCUUUUGAUAUGGCAAAUAUUCUUCGUGAUGUGAUUGUGCAUGGUACUGGUCGUGCAGCACUUAAAAUUGGUCGCGAUGACAUUGGCGGUAAAACAGGGACAACCAACGAUGCUAAAGAUGCGUGGUUUGCUGGCUUCAACGGCAAAUUAGUUGCGAUUGCUUGGGUCGGUUUUGACCAGCCUUCAACACUUGGUCGUCGUGAAUAUGGUGGGAUCGCAGCGCUUCCAGUUUGGACAGGCUUUAUGGGUAAAGCCUUAAAAGACACGCCAUCUGCUUGGCCCGUCCAAUCUUUAAACCUGCACCUGUUACACCAUCACGUAAUUCAUCAAAUGACUUUGAAGACUUACCUGAUGAAGGUUCAGAUCAACCGCUAA